CGGGAAGGGGGAAGCGCCGAGGCUGCCUGACUGGAAUGAGGGUAGCUGCGGCGACUGCGGCGGCGGGAGCGGGGCAGGCCAUGGCGGUGUGGACGCGGGCCACCAAAGCGGGGCUUGUGGAGCUGCUCCUAAGGGAGCGCUGGGUUCGGGUGGUGGCCGAGCUCAGCGGAGAGAGCCUAAGCCUCACCGGCGACGCAGCGGCGGCUGAGUCCGAGCCCUCUCUAGGGCCGGCGGCAGCCGCCUUCAACGGCCUCCCGAACGGCGGUGGCGCCGGCGACUCGCUGCCCGGGAGUCCCAGCCGCGGCCUGGGUCCCCCGAGCCCGCCCGCGCCGCCGCGGGGCCCGGCGGGCGAGGCGGGCGCGUCGCCGCCCGUGCGCCGGGUGCGGGUAGUGAAGCAGGAGGCGGGCGGCCUGGGCAUCAGCAUCAAGGGCGGCCGCGAGAACCGGAUGCCCAUCCUCAUCUCCAAGAUCUUCCCGGGGCUGGCGGCCGACCAGAGCCGAGCGUUGCGGCUGGGCGACGCCAUCCUGUCGGUGAACGGCACCGACCUGCGCCAGGCCACCCACGACCAGGCCGUGCAGGCGCUGAAGCGCGCGGGCAAGGAGGUGCUGCUGGAGGUCAAGUUCAUCCGAGAAGUAACACCAUAUAUCAAGAAGCCAUCAUUAGUAUCAGAUCUACCGUGGGAAGGUGCAUCUCCUCAGUCACCAAGCUUUAGUGGCAGUGAGGACUCUGGUUCUCCAAAACACCAGAACAGCACCAAGGACAGGAAGGUCAUCCCUCUCAAAAUGUGCUUUGCUGCUAGAAACCUAAGCAUGCCGGAUCUGGAAAACAGAUUGAUAGAACUACAUUCUCCUGAUAGCAGGAACACGUUGAUCCUACGCUGCAAGGAUACAGCCACAGCACACUCCUGGUUCGUAGCUAUCCACACCAACAUAAUGGCUCUCCUCCCACAGGUAUUGGCUGAACUCAAUGCCAUGCUUGGUGCAACCAGUACAGCAGGAGGCAGCAAGGAGGUCAAGCACAUUGCCUGGCUGGCAGAACAGGCAAAGCUAGAUGGUGGAAGACAACAGUGGAGACCUGUCCUUAUGGCUGUGACUGAGAAGGAUUUGCUGCUUUAUGACUGUAUGCCAUGGACAAGGGAUGCCUGGGCAUCACCAUGUCAUAGCUACCCCCUUGUUGCUACAAGGUUGGUUCAUUCUGGCUCUGGAUGUCGAUCACCCUCACUUGGAUCUGACCUUACAUUUGCUACUCGGACGGGCUCUCGGCAGGGCAUUGAGAUGCAUCUCUUCAGAGUGGAGACACAUCGGGAUCUGUCAACCUGGACCAGGAUACUUGUUCAGGGUUGUCAUGCUGCUGCUGAACUAAUUAAGGAAGUCUCUCUAGGCUGCACAUUAAAUGGCCAAGAAGUAAGACUCACUGUCCACUAUGAAAAUGGGUUCACUGUCUCCAAGGAAAAUGGAGGUUCCAGCAGCAUACUGUACCGCUACCCCUUUGAAAGGCUGAAAAUGUCUGCUGAUGAUGGCAUCAGAAAUCUGUAUUUGGAUUUUGGUGGUCCUGAGGGAGAACUGACCAUGGACCUGCACUCUUGUCCGAAGCCGAUUGUAUUUGUGUUGCACACGUUCUUGUCAGCCAAAGUCACUCGUAUGGGACUGCUUGUAUGAGCAGCAAAAAAUCAGAAAAGAGUCUUGAAUGUCACAAGAAGUAUUUCCACCUCAAAAAAAAAAAAAAAAAAAAAAAAAAGCACAAAAAGAAAGCUCUCUCUCCUCCAGCACAGUGCCUUGACAAGGACCUGCAAAUCACUGCUGAACAGUAACCAUGUUUAAAGAAGAGCCUGCCUUUCACAAGCUACCUUGGCCAGAAAUUCUAGUACUCUAAUAAGCUCCAACAUGAAGCUGUUGAUUGACUGUAUAGUUUCCUAAUGUGGUUUCUAAGUAACUAGGUUUAUUUCCCCUGUUAAGAAGGAUGGCUCAUUGUGGGGUUUCUUUUGGGACGUAAUCAAAUAUCGAAGAGUUGUUUUCGUUUUCUUCUUCCUACAGGAUUUGUUUCAAGCUUAGCCUUGGUCUCUUGCUUUAUUUGACCAUCUCUUCCCAGGUGCUAGUUGGCAGCAGCCUGUGCUUCUUGGCCAUUCCAGAUAGGUCAUACAUUCUGUUGGAGCUGGCUGUCAUUUAUUCCUUCCACCCUAGGAAGUCCUGGAAUUGCACACCCAAGUGUUCUUCCAUGUGUCCUGGCUCUCCUGCAUCCCACCCUGGCCAUCACUUCCCAUCACAUCACAAGCUUUGCCACUCAUAAGUGCUAACUUUAGGACUUAGAACUUGCAAAUUUUUAUUUGCCUUGCCUUCCACUUCUUUUCUAGUGGUAACCAAGUUGGAAGCCACUGAUUUGAAAGAAGAGUUUUGCUUGUUUUAGAUUUUUCUGAUUUAUCUUUGGUAGGAGCCAGGGAAUAAGAUUUAUUUUAAAAGAAAGUCCUCAUUUUAGCCUAAGCCAUUUUUUAUUGCUUACCAAAUGUGCCUUUGGUUAGGGUUAGUGGAGCUUUAUUAGUCACUAUAUGAAUAACUGGAUAUCACUGCCAUUCCAGGGAGAUAAUCCAUCCUAGUUUUGAGGAAUAGUCUUUAAGAUGGAUUUCCUGAGUAGUAUCUUUUCUAGUGGGCAGAUCUCAUUGCGGAAGAUAAAUUCUGGAGAGCCUGCUUGUUUAAAGAGUAGACUAUAAAGGCAGCUCUUCACAAACAUCAUGUUGAGUUGCUUUGGGUUUUGUGAGCCCAUGCAGGGCCCUGGCCCUGGCCCUUUGUGGAAGCAGAUUGGUAUAGACAGGCACCUGCUAAUUCAAGACUCACUGUUGGUGUAGUAAUGCGUUCGACAGCGGGCAGGGUGACGAGACCAUGGAAUAGCUACCUGGGUUUUGCUAAGCAUUGCCAGACAUCAUCUUCAGGACAUAGUAGCAGUAAGAUUGCUGAUUUUGUAGUAUUAGAGAAACACAUUCAGCUUGUUUUUCCUAAUUAUGAAGGAGGUAUAUAUCUGAAAACAUUCAAAAUAAUAUAAGAGCUGUCUAAAAUGUCAAGAUUACCACAGUCCCCAGAUCUGAAAGAGAAGGUAAUAUUGACUUGGAUGUUCUCUGUGUUCUCCAAAGAAAAGUCUAUGCCGAGCUCUCACUAGAUUUAUGAGGUAUGCCGUAAGAGGGUGUGAGCUCUUUGGAGAGUGGAGGAAGGUAGCACUCCAAAUAGGAAGGAAAAAAAACCCACAAUCAUAUGGAAAACACGAGCUAUUUGGUGUGAGUGCCGACUGACCUAGGUAGGACAUUUGAAAGAGCAGACUCAUGAACAGAGUUUGAGUUAGACAUUGUAACCCCACUGUUUUCCCUGUGCCCAUAAGUCGGUCCUCCUUCCCCUUGUGUACGGUGAGAAUAACCACAUGCACAGGCUGUUCUCCCCCCAGCUACAGUUCCAACAAUGAAUGAUGUGGUCCACUUAAAACUGGAAAUUGACAUCUACACUAGAAUAUGUGUUUCAAGGGCUUUUUUUUUUUUACGUUUUAAAGGUUCAUAAACCUGUAUUUGGCUCCAGCUGAAGUAAAUUUGCAAAUAGGGAAGGAAAAAAAAUAUCUUGAAGGUCCAGCUAUGAUUUCUGGAAGCAGAAUUUCAACACAUAAUACCCUCAGAUAAGGGAGCUUAGACACUUUGCAGUGAGAGCAUUAUUAAUCUGAAACGUUGCACAUGCAGUCACAGACUCUGCAGCGAAGCCAUUUGGUGGAGGUUUUCUUUGUUAGUGUGAAAGGCUAAGCCACUGAGAAUAUUUUCAGGGGGAACUUCUGAGCCACCCUGCUCAUCACUUACACGAAAAAGAACUCUAAGAAAGGUGUGAUGAAAAUGUGGGCAGGAGAAGGAAAAGCAUGUGAGCCAUUUUGGCUCAUUUUGUUCCAGCUUAAAUUGUCACCAAGGUCCAUAAGGUUUUUAAAUCUUUUGAGUCUUAAUGUGAAAUGAAAAUGUGUGGGAGAUUUCCUUUGACCACUAGCACCCCCGAGAGCAAGAGCCUUUAAGCUGCUUGUUUAACAUCAGCAGCUUUCCACUCGUGGGUGACCAGACUGUUAUUCAACUAAGUGUGUUUGUGGAACUUUCAAACCACAGAUGAAGAGCUUUUUACGGAUGGGACAGCCUUGAUUAAUAUGUAUUUUGUAUUAAGAUGCCAAAACAUGGCAAAUUAUUUUCAAAUGAUAACUAAAAAUGGGCAUUUUUGAUAUUUCACAUCUUUUAUAGAACAGCUUUUCAUUUCUUUUUCAUUUCGAAUUAGGAAAAUUGUUGAGAAUGUUGUGGGCUUGCCUGUGUAGAACGGAAAGGAACCUGCAGAGUAGUGUGUGUGCCUUGUUCCAGUGGAUCGCUUCCUGUGCCCCUCGACCCCCCGCCUCCCCCCCGCCCCAGACCUGGGGCUUAGACGUCUUCUCCAUAUUCCACACAGAAGCCUAGAAGUAGCCACCUGGUGUGUGAAAAUUCUUCCUUCUCAUUCCUUAAAAUGUCUCCCUUUCCUCUCCAAAAAAAGAAAGAAAAGGAAAGAAAAAGAAAAGGCUCAGUCAUUCUUAUUCUGAAAAAGGUAAGUCCUUUCCUGAAGUUACCAAACAAACCUUACCUAGAAAUUAGUAUCUAUUAUUUUAUAUGAAGUAAUACUUAAAUGUAUGUUUAUACAGUAUUUAUUAGAUAGUUCGAACUGCAAACUCACCUACCUAGUAGACAGGUUCAGAUUACAUAUUGGGACCUGUACAGGCAAUCAAAAAUAUUACCUUAUUUGUCAUUCACCUAUUUUAAAGCCAUGUUUGAGCACUUUUUAGGCUAGGUGAAGUCUGACAGUGCAUGUUUUUAUCAGCUAUACCCUCACAAACUUUGUUAUUGAACAUUAUUGGAUGGCAGGAGAGAUUGAAUUAUUUAUUUCUUCUCUAAUCUAACCUACCAAUCUAAUCUAACCAACAAAUGAUUAAAGUUGUCCCUGAUUGUUUUCCUAAUUUAUCUUCCUAGGCAGGAUGGUAACCAAGCUUUUUUCAGUUGAUUAGAUGCACUUAGCUAAUAAACUAGAAUUUAUUCUUAAAAAUAAAAUUAAGCUGUGUGGAAUCUGGACAAGAUUAUGUUUCUCCCAGAAGAAGUUUUCGCUGUAAAUGGUUUUGAUGGACAAAAGUGUGACCACUUUGAGAAAAGGUUAUGAUGAACUUUUUUUUUUAAUUUUGUGAGAACCUCCAGGUCUUCUUGUUUAUUAAUUUAUAUGCACGUGGAUAUAUUUGUAUGUUUUCAGAAACAUGGAAGAAUCUCCAUAUUUUUUAAUGCAAAUUUUAUUGUACGCUGCUAUGCAAAUUCUAUUAAAAGCCCUACCUACUUAAAAGUUAAACAUUUUUGAAGCUUUCAGGGAAGACCUGUAGACUUAAGCACUUUCUCUGCUGUUUUGUAUCUUGGACACUUACGCUGAACUGUUCUUAUUUUCACUGGUUAUAAGCUAUUGAUUGUACAUAAUAUUUAAACUGUCCAAAUAUCCAGCAUACAUUUCCUUGUCGCUGCCAUCCACCAUUGAUGGCAUGAAUGAAUGGCUGGUUAGAAAGCCAAAGGUCAUCUUUUUUUAGUUGAUCAUGAAGAAGUGAAAUGUCAGAUCUCUUUGGUCUCAAAGCAAAUUGCUCCGGUCAGAUCAAACAUCUACCCAAGGAAAAAAGACUUCUUUAAAUUGGGGAUUCUGCUUAAACUUUAAGUUGAAUUUGACCAUAAUCCGAUUCAUUCUUUUUGUAUGUAGAUCUCGAUCAGGUCUAUAAUAUGCCAGGUGGUAUUAUAUUUUAUCUUAAGUUUGGAAAUCUCUUUCAGUUAAAUUUAAGAUGUUAUUGCGGUUUCCCCCCAAACCCCCUCCUGAAGAUGAAAGCAUAAGAAUCUGCCAUUUGCUGCUGUUCUCUCUCUCGAGAUUGCUUGGUAAUCUAGAAUUAGUUUGACUUUCUGCAUACUGUCUUUUAAUACUGACAGCAGCAGUCCCCCCCUCCCUCUUUUUUAAAGCUGUCUCCUUCCCUGUGCUGGGUGUAUAGACAAUAAAUGUGUAUGGCAGACAGUUACAAAAUAAUCAUGUUGUAUUUCAGGAUUAUGUGGUUUUGAGCAGUUUAGCUACUCCUAUGGUGUACUGAUAACUGAAAUUUACUUUAUGCUGGUAAUAGACUACUUAGUGGCAGAUUUGAAACCAUUUCUCUACAACACACACAACACAUCUGGCAGAUCAAUGAUACAAGUUCAUUCUAUCAAAGAUAGAAUUUCAAGUUAAAGUAAGGUAACCAAAACUAGGCUCAUGGGGCACACCUGUACAUCUGUUGUCUUUUUCUUUUUUUUUUUUUUUUACACUAGCUAAACCACCAACUAGACGAAUGGUUGUUAUGUAUUAACUCAACAAAACAUGUUAACGAGAUUUCUUCUUUUGUUUCAAACUGAUAAACUUGAACAUAAACUUCUUUCCACCUCUUAUUCUUCCCACUUCAGGUGACUGAACCAAAGUAUAUUUAAGUUUUAAAAGUGAAUCUAAAUUUGAUGUAAUUCAUAAAGAAGGCCGUUUGCAAAUGAUUGCUUGCUCUCUAAUGAAUAUUUGAUUAUAUUCAACAAAAUCCACCAUCUGAAUUAUAAUUCUUGAAUUGCUCCAAAAUAGAUUGGUUGAAGCUAAAAAGCUAUGCUAGAGAAGCAAUACUUUAUUAUAUUGUAAGAUUAGCUACCCUGAUAGAUUUCUAACUUCUGAGUCCUCUAAGUACCGUACUCAGUUCUGUUAUAAUCUUAGCUCCAUGCGGUUGACGCAAAUGCUUUGUUUUAGUUUUUGAGCCCCUCUUUAUGCCAGUCACAUAUACACCUUUGGAACCUGAAUGUUCUGUCACCUCUUCCAAAGUAAUAGAAGUCUUUUAUGCAUAGACAAAAGGUUCUUUGGGGGCCUAGGGAAAUUCUGACACUGCAAGGCUAAUUAACGACGCAUUAAUUCACGUAUUCCAUGUACUAAGCAGUUAUUAACACACAACUCUUCACAGGCUCUCUUCAGGGUCCAAAAGAAAGUUCCUGCCUGCAAGUAGCACAUAAUCCAUUAUUUCUCAAUUACACCCUGCCAUCUGUUUAUCAAUCAGUGGUUAAGUAAUUAACCACUUCAUACUUUUACCAAAGUACAUCUGCAGUCCAGCUACGCUGGCUAACUGGAAAAUGUUUAAAAUGAUGCUUGGUCUUUGGUCCAUGCCAACAUGAAAGAACUCCAAGCACACUUAAGUAGGUUAGUCUUUUCAUUAUGCCUAGUUUUUUAAUGCAAAAUUAGACUUUAGUGGGGCGCCUGGCUGGAUCAUUCAGUGGAACAUGCUACUCUGAAUCUCGGAGUUGUGAGUUUGAACCCCAUGUUGGGUGUAGAGAUUACUUAAAAAUACAAAUCUUAAAAAAAAAUAGACUUUAGUUUGGGAAGGACAGUGUAGAACAUCCUUAGGAAGAUAAAUCUCAACAACAACAACAACAAUUAAGCUCUAUUACCCAAAGUGGAUCAACAGGAAAGCCUUUUUA